AUGACUAUUCACGGCCAGAAUCUAGCUAGCCAGCUCAGCAACCCUUCUCUCCUGCGGACCAAGGGCUACAUCAACGGCGAAUGGGUGGACGCGUCGGAUGACGCCAAAUUUCCGGUCAUUAACCCUGCCACAGGUGCCCAGCUCGCCGAAGUGCCUAAUAUGCCAUGUGGCCAAGUCACCGCUGCGAUUGAAGCAGCGCACGCUGCCUUUCCAUCGUGGUCGGCCCUCACCGCUUACCAGCGCCAAUCCUACCUCCUCAAGCUCCACGCUGCCAUGGAGUCCCAUCAUGAAGACCUCGCCCUAAUCCUCACGGCGGAGAACGGCAAGCCCUUGGCCGAGGCCAAGGGCGAGAUUGCCUACGGUGCGGGCUUCCUCAGCUGGUUUGCAGCCGAGGCGCUCAGGACGUAUGGUCACACCGUUCCUGCCGCGAUCCCCAACCAACGCAACACGAUCAUCCGUCAGCCUGUUGGCGUAUGUGGCCUGAUCACCCCUUGGAACUUUCCCAAUGCCAUGAUUACUCGAAAGCUCGCGCCUGCACUCGCUGCCGGCUGUACCGUCGUCGUCAAGGCGCCAGCCGAGACGCCGUUGAGUGCACUUGUCAUCUGUGCGCUGGCCGAGGGUGUGGGCAUUCCCAAAGGCGUGAUCAAUGUUGUUGUAGUGGACAAGGGCCCCCGCGAAGCGGCGUGCGGCAUGGAACUUUGCGUUAACCCCCUUGUCUCCAAGAUCUCGUUCACCGGCUCCACCGCUGUUGGACGGCUGCUCAUGCAGCAGAGUGCCUCUACGCUCAAGAAGCUAUCGUUUGAACUCGGUGGCAACGCCGCUUUUAUGGUGUUUGACGAUGCCGACCUCGACCUCGCCGUUGAAGGAACUAUUGCGUCCAAGUUCCGGGCGUCUGGUCAGACCUGUGUUUGCGCCAACCGCAUAUUCGUCCAGUCGAACGUGUAUGAUGAGUUCGCGCAUCGUCUCGCUACCCGCGUCAAGGCCAUGAAGGUCGGCAACCCCAUGGACGAAGGCGUCAACAUUGGCCCCCUCGUCAAUGACCGUGCGGUUGAUAAGGUCGAGCGCCACGUCACCGACGCCGUGGGCAAGGGCGCCACAGUCGUGUGCGGCGGCAGCCGUGUUUCCGGUCACGGCUCCUUCUUCGAACCCACCGUCCUGACCAAUGUCUCCCCCAAGAGCGCCCUCACCAGUGAAGAGACGUUCGGGCCCCUCGCGGCUCUGUUUAAGUUUGACACCGAGGAGGACGUCAUCGAGGAGGCUAACAACACCGACGUCGGACUCGGUGGAUACUUUUACACCCAAGACGUGUCGAGGGUGUACCGUGUGGCCGAGAAAAUGCAGGUCGGCAUGGUCGGUGUCAACACUGGCGUCAUCUCGCAGCCCUGCAUUCCGUUUGGCGGAGUCAAGCAGAGCGGAUUUGGUCGCGAAGGAGGCAAGAGCGGUAUAGACGAGUACAUGAUUGAAAAGCUCAUCACUGUCGGUAACAUCUGA